UUACACCUCUAGCUAGGGUCGUUGAAGUGGCCCUGCGCAUGCAAUCUCUCUCACCAACCUAGCCAUUCACUCAUCCACUCUUAACUUGUUGGAUUGGAUAUCUGCAUUUCCACCCUCUGGAUUACUGAGUUUCUUUGCGCAGAGAAUAUGAAAGGAUUCCACGAAUUGAAUUAGCUUUAAGGGCGUAACAUUUUUAGUUCCAUCAUUCUUUCCAAACAAUAAUUUGAUGCAUAUCGAUUAUUUGCUUUUCACAAGUUCGCGUGUGGGUAUUUAUUCCAUAUAUUUUUCGUGAGUAAAGUAAAUUAUCACAACGAUACCUAUUUUUCACCGGAUGAUAAUGGUUAUUCCUAUUCUCUGACCUCUAUUGAACAUAGCCUACUAUCCAUCACCAAGACUGUUGCGUUCUUCCAGAGACAACACACGGUGCAGGCUACUCAUCGGAUGACAGUCCGCUGCAAUCCGUAGCCUAUCAAGUGCCUUCUUUUAUUUUCGGCAAUGCAAUAACGUUUUGCCGUGCCUUUAACCGUGGUAAAACUCAAGAGCAAUAACGCAAGUUGAGGAAACGAACAAUGUAACACCCACAGUGUCCGACAGAGUUUGAUGGAGAGCUGGUCGGAUGACAGCUGGAACUGUUGUCAUAACCGGAGGAAUUCUCGCCACGGUGAUACUCUUGUGUAUCAUAGCAGUGCUCUGUUACUGUAGACUCCAGUAUUACUGCUGUAAGAAGAAUGGGUCAGAAGGGGACACCAGCUCCGUCACGCAGCCCCACUUUGCCUGCAACGCAUGCAGUGCUCCCGGGGUGGACGGGACAGCCGUCACUCCCCUCUCCCUCUCCCCGGAACUCCCUGCCUCCCACGCCACGGGCCCCCCACGUAACUACUGCCCCACCUGUUCGCCCUACGAAUCACCCUUCUAUAUCCGAACCACCGACGAGAUGCACAAUGGCGGCGAGCGCAUCACCUACAUGCCCACGCACUAUGAGAACCUGGCUCUCGCCCUGCCCUCCCUGCAUGGCUCCCUGCUGAGCACCAGCCAGCAUCGCAGCAACCCAGCACCGGACUUCUACACCAACACUCGCGCUAGAAGUACAGACGUGUGACCCACUUCCGAUGUCCUGUUGGCUCAUUUGGUUGGAGCGUGGUGUUUUCUACUGCAGGGUUGUGAGCUCAAUCCCUGCAUAGGCCAUGCACUGUGCACAGAAUAUUUGUUCAUUAUUGCUUUGGAUAAAAGAGACUAUGUUUUUAUGAGGGUAAUCUCUGGUAGCCACUGUGUCUCUCUGCUGACAACUAAAGAGAAGAGGAUGAAAAAGGAGCAUUGAGAGACAUGAAGCUUUGACCUGGUCAUGCACUUCCUUGUUCUUUCUCCCUACACUGUGUCAGCUAGCUUCCAGCUGGAUUUGAGCACACUCAAACAGUAUUGUUUUUAAAACAGAGGUAGUUAUCAUGUUUGUUGCUGUUUAAUUAAAAACUAGACUCCUGUAAUACAGAGGCAGGGAGCAUCCCUUAGUGUUCAAUAGACCAAGACCUAUACGCUGUCUGGCGAGGUAGUGUGUGGGAAUCUAAUCUUCACUGUUCGAGGGCUAUCAAUAUCGUGGUUUUACCUGGACCUACUCUUGUCAUUUCCCUGUAUCUGCCAAAAGAGAUUCUGAACUACAAAUAAAAGCAAAUGUCAUUUUCAA